AUGCUAGACACUGGUAAUGACCAACAAAACAUAUCUGUUGUUACUGGUUACUCCAUCCCCUGCGCCACUCUCAACAGUAUAAAGCAAUUGGCCUGUUGGAUUGCCUCAGCCUUUAGAUUCAACUCUGCUCUCUUGGGACUCAAACGCUUUGCCAAACACUUCAACAAUCCCUUGAUGCACGUCUGGUUUGGGGGCUUAUUGCUGACUGAUACUCCUACAAACACCAGAUUUUCAAUCAACUACUCAUUGGACUUGGAGUGCGGAUGGAAUAAAUGUGUGAACAUAUUGAUAAUGGCUAAGCUACGCGAGUUGGACGCCACGGACUCUUUGGACGAUGACGAUUCAAGCUCGGACAUCUCAUAG